AUUGGUCCUGUCUUAUUUGUGAGUUUUUCCCGCGCUGUUCUUGCUAAACUGAACUGACACCACCAGUUUGGGUUUUAUUUCAGAUAAAGUCUAAGCUGUUUUUGAUAAAAUGCCCUCGGACUAUGAUCCAGCGUGUUUGCCAGACUUAUUGCCCCUCUACUACCGCCGCCUGUUCCCCUUUGCACAGUAUUACCGCUGGCUCAGCUACGGGGGAGUGCAGAAAAACUACUUUCAGAACCGUGAGUUCUCCUUCACACUCAAGGAUGACAUCUAUGUGCGCUACCAGUCGUUCAGCACACAGAGCGAGCUGGAGAAGGAAAUGCAGAAAAUGAACCCAUAUAAGAUCGACAUUGGAGCAGUGUACAGUCACAGGCCGAGUCAGCACAACACAGUGAAGUCCGGCAGCUUCCAGGCUCUGGAGAAGGAGCUGGUGUUUGAUAUCGAUAUGACGGAUUAUGAUGACGUUCGAAGCUGCUGCAGUGCUGCAGAUAUUUGUUCAAAGUGCUGGACACUGAUGACCAUCGCCAUCCGUAUUUUGGACAGAGCUCUUCGAGAGGACUUUGGUUUCCAGCACUUGCUGUGGGUGUACUCUGGAAGAAGAGGAGUGCAUUGCUGGGUGUGUGAUGAAGCUGCCCGGAAGCUCUCUGCAGCAGCGCGGUCUGCUGUUGCAGAAUAUCUCAGUUUGAUUAAGGGGGGUGAAGAGAUGGUGAAGAAAGUUAUUCUGACUGAUCCUAUUCACCCUUUCAUCAGAGAAUCUCUAGGAGUGGUGAAGCAAUACUUUCCUCAAUACGCUCUUCACGAUCAAGACAUACUGGGACGGAAGGAGUCUGUAGACAAAAUCCUGGCUCUUGUACCUGAAGAUGUUAGAAGGGAAUUACAGCAGUUAUUUCAGAAUGAGAGGAGGCCAGAGCAACGCUGGAGUCAGAUCAAAGACCAAGCCAAGAAGAAACAGGCCACUGCCAAAAAGGGGCAACACUUUGAAAAGGAGAUCAUGCUGCAGUACUGCUACCCUCGACUCGACGUCAACGUCAGUAAAGGUGUUAACCAUUUACUGAAGAGUCCAUUCAGUGUUCAUCCUAAAACAGGGCGCAUCUCUGUCCCCAUGGAGCUUAAAGAUUUGGACAAGUUUGAUCCUUUUGCUGUUCCCACAAUCAGCCUCAUAUGUGAAGAGUUGGAUCGACCCAAGGCAGAUGAUGAAGAUAAAAAGUCAGGCGACACAAAGGAGAAGGAAAAUGAAAAUGGCGUGACAGAGAAGAGGAAGAACAGAGAUUACAAGAGAACCAGUUUGGCAAAGUACGUGAAGUGCUUUGAUCAGUUUCUGGAUGGAAUGGCUCAAUCAUGGAAAGGAGAACUUCUCAGAAAGAGUGGUGAGUUUACAAACAAUAAAGCACAGUUUAAGGUCUUAACAUUUUUUAUGAAUUUUUGAUGUUUUUCUCUCUUUUUUACUUUUCCCCAGAUCUUCAGAAAGAGUUCUGAACAGGGUCAUCAAUCAGAAAACACAUGAAAUCACAGUUCCUGUCUUAUUCCUUGAAGUAAAUGAUGAUUCCUACUUACGGUUCAUUUUGUGGAGAUUGUUCAUUGUUGACAAUACCUACUGACUGAGCCAUGCUCUUUAUUCAUUCAUGUUACAUUUAUGUGUUAAACUAAUUAAAGCUGAUUUUAUUGCUGAAAAUAUUUGUCUUUUGGCAGCAAUCUGCUGCUGUGCAGUGCAAAUAAAUACAUUACAUCUCUUUGUAAA